AUGGAAAGCGAAAUUAAACCGUCGUUGAAACGCCCUCUGUCCUUCUCUGACGACAGCUUCGAAUGGGAUUGUGUUCGCGACGAAAAUCCAACUGAAGAUGCAUGGAGGAAGUUGAAUGUUGAUUGCGAUGAGAAUGUUACGGUUCCCACAAAUGGAUUACCUGUCGACUGGAUUCCCUAUGGAUACGUGCGUAGCCGAAAAGGAAAAAAACCGCGAUUGGAACAGAGCGCUGCUCCGCCUGCAGCCAAAAAAGCAGCCACAGACACACUUGCCAAAUUAGAGGAUCAAGUGGAACGAGAAGUUGCAAAGGAAAUUCUUCUCUCUAUCUCCAAGUACUCUGGAUCUUUCGUUUUUGAGAGCUCGGAGAGAGACACCUACGCUCGGCUUGUGCCGUUUCCCAUUGAUAAUGCUAGUACCAAGAUGGGCGCCAAUGAUGACUGGCAACUAGACAAAUUCGACUGUAAACUGGAAUCUUUAAUGGCUAAUCCCCCAUCGAAGAAAGUUCAGAAAAUUUCUUUCCCUCCAUGGAAGGGCGCUAAACAACGAGAAAGAAAGCAUGAGGUAACUCACGUGAAGCGCGAAUCAAAGUUGGAAGAUCUGAACAUCGAAGAUGGAACGUUUUCAUGGACCACGUUCGCUAACCUUGUGAAACCUCAACUAGCUGCCAUGGAGCCGAAAGCAAGGUACGAGGCGGCAAAGAAGUUCUCGGAUAUCCUCCAAGGCGAUCUCUCUGCUACCUCAGGAACUGUAGGUUAA